CAGACACCGACACCGACAACACCAGACAACCCCAUGCCCGACCCAAACGACACGGAAGUGCACCACCGCCGCCGCUUCAGUAUGAGCGACACCCUCCUCCUCAACCCUUUCCACAGCACUCACCUAAGUCGACGACGCGCACGCUCAACCAUCCGCUCCGACGCCUCAGACCAAACCACAUCCUCACAGGAACCAAUCCAAGCCAGACCACGCUCGAGCUCUCGGUCCCGAUCUAUCCUCCAUCUCCCACUAACUCUCCUCCGCGGGCUAAGCAACACCCGAAAACGACCCGACCUACUCCCAAACGACCAGGCCACCCCCGCAAAUCCCAUCCUCGAGUUCCGAGGCGGCGACACCUGGGAUCUUCUCGCGAGGGAUAGGAAGAGUCUAGGACUAGACUUGUUCUGGCCCAUUGAUUUCUCAACUCCAGACUCUGAUCAACAUCCCACCGAAGCCACCCCAAUCAAUACAGAACAACAACUCCAAGAACCAAGCCAAGUACCUAAAGAAAAAGACCCCGAUGACGAUGAACAUGAACACGAACGAGAAAUCUUCCCUUUAAUAUCCCUAACUCCCCUCCUGCACUUCCGCCAUCUGCGCACCCUAAAAUUAACCGGCAUGAUGACUUCCUACCAGAAAUACAUCUGGCAAGCAGCUUGGCUAAACCCGCACCUGGAAGAACUGGAGCUCGGCAUGGCCCUCGCCCCACGUCUACGACGGAAUUAUGUGACAAAAUGGCCCUGUAUCCGUGGCGGAUGGACACUUAGCAAGGAGAGACUCGGCGAACCGGUUUAUUAGUAUGUUCAUUUGUCUAUUCCAUAUAUAUCCCACAUAUACCCUUACCCCAGGACCACAGACAUUGGAAUGAUCUACAACCCUAUAAUCCGAAGACCCAGGUCCUAACGGAAAACCCAAGUGGAACAGGAACAGGUACCCUCCACCCAACCCUCGGGCUGGGCGAAUACCUCGACAAAAUAGUCAUCGAAAAAGCCAAAGUAGCCGGCAUGGGUAUGGGGAGAACACGCACCCGGCUAUCGAUCCGCACGCUAAUGUUGAGUGGGUUCGUGGUCGAUGCAGAUCCGUUCCUGCAGUGGUUUGAUUGCGGGCGAUUGAAGUGUGUGCGGUUUGGGGAUGGGUGUGUGGAUGCUGGGUUUUGGUUGGGAGAUGAUAUGGCGGGUGUUACUGUUGUUUGGCCGGGGGAGAGUGGAGGGGAGGUUGGGAAGGGGGUCGUUGGGAGGGUAGUUGAGAGGGGGGAGAUUCGGAUGAUUAGGGUUCUUUGAAGAUCCUCUUGGUUUGAUUUUGUUUUAGUAUGAUGUGGAUAGUGAAGGGUGUGG